UACAAAAUGCGUGCUGUUAAUCGUAAAGGCAAUGUUCGUGGGCAGCACUUGUUCUGCUAUGCAUGAAAUAAUAAUGAGUUUAGCCGUGCGCAUUCUCAGUACCGAUGUUGUUCUCAAUGCUCCUUGCCAACUGCUACUUACUAUGCGACAGGCAGACGUUCACAUAUUCAGCUUGAUAGCAUUUAGAGUAUCAACUAUGUAAAAGUUAAUAACUAUGUAAAAGCCAUACUUGUCUUCGAGCUACUGGAAGAAAAAACGUUUACUACUACAGUAUUUAUUAUUCUCACUGCGUUAGAUCUGAAUCAUCAUUUCAGAUGAUGAAAUCGUGGAUCUCUUCCCCGGCGCCUUGGAAACAGGUUUGCGUAAAAGUUCUCCUAGUUUUCGCUCUGUCCACUUUGGGAACGGAUAACUCUUAUGGCAUGGCAAUAGCGGCUGAAGAAGAGAACAUUGAAAACUUGAUUAAGGAUACGAGUGGACUGACACCUUCUGAAGAAACUCUGCUUACAGAUACAAUUAAGGGAAUAAUUUCCAGCGCAAAGAGGUCAUGGUAUCCGGAGACGUUCUCUCCCUUCGAAGAUAGCUCGCAUUCGGGCGCUUCUGACAUGAAACGCAUUGUGAAACUCCAAACUCUGGCUGACACGGGCAUGAAAGUGAUAGAAAGAGUCGACGAACGUCUUAAGACCAUCGAAGAGAAAGAACGAGAAAGACUUGGAAGAUGGGGAUUCCUUGCAACCAUGAAUAAUAGUCUUUAUCAAAUUCUCACAAGCAACCCUGACCUACUUUUCGAGAUUAAGAAAUACGACUGCUUGAAGAAUAAAGGGGCGGAUUUGCCGUCAGAUAUUGUUGUGCCCAAAGAUGCCUCAGGCAGCAUUUGGAUGGAAUAUUCUGACAGUGUUUAUGCUCCUUUUAACUGUCCUGAGGAACCUGAUUUUGAUCGCGCACAGGCUGCCAGAGACCAUCAGAAGUUUAUGGCUCGACGUCGCGAGCAAGCUGCCCGAACAGAUACAUUGCAUCAUUACCGAGUGAGGAGAGCUUCGGGUGCAGGUACAGGUAACAUAGUCCAAGUGAACAUGACCCUAACAAACGAAGAAUUUCGAAAAACGUUUUACAAUAGUCAUUCCGACGACUACAAGGAUCUUACAAGAGAUCUAACGGAACUGAUUGCCGGCAUUUUAAAUGAUACGGAGUACAUUGGGGUUAAUGACUUCAGUUACAGGCCAGGAAGUGUGAUAGCUACCUUUCACAUCGAAACUUCGGCUUCGGAUCCCGUUAAUUUUGUAAACAGUAAAUUGAGUGCGGCUAUUUCUAACAACACACUGGGCAGGUUUAGUGUUCAAUCAAGUAACAUAGAAGUUGGUGUAUUCGAUUUUGCAAACGCGCACUAUUUUCAAUGGGGAGUGUGGGGUUCUUGCAGUAAAACAUGUGGCACUGGUACUCAUAGUAGAUAUCGUACUUGUAACUCUACUGCACCCCUUGCUUGUGCACACAUUGGCCCUUCUGUGGAAACGGAAGAAUGUUACGAAAAGUUUUGUUCGAAUGAAUGCGGUGGGAAUUUGAUCGGUGACCAGGGUAACUUUUCCUCGCCAGUUGUCAAUGGUUUGUAUCCCAAAAAGGCUGAAUGCAUAUGGCAAAUCACCGUUGAUACAAACCACACCAUUGUUGUGCAAUUUGAGAGAUUCAACUUGGAAAAAGACAAGAAAUGCAACUUUGAUUACGUCGCCUUUUAUGAUGGAGAUACUUCCGUAAAAGACAACCUCCAGUACGAGUUGAUGCGUUUCUGUGGCAACACCACUCCACCUCAUUCCUUCCCAGAUUACGGAUACCCCGUGAACUCUUCCAGCAAUCAAAUGACUAUUCGUUUCAAGAGUGAUGCAACAAAAGAACGACUUGGAUUUUCAGCAAUUUGGCAUAAGGUGUUGAGAUACGACCUUCGAAUUCCUAAAAACACACCCCAGUAUAUUACUGCGCUGUCCUUUUUUUACAAUCCUUGGUCAACUUUGAGGGAUGCUGCUGUACCGCUGGGUAAAGCCACCACAUGUCCAGGGAAGGAUGAUGAUAACUGCUAUUUCCCACUCAAACAAAACAUUAUAAGCAGAAUAAUUUCUGUCUUUCUCAGUCGAGACUUGGGAAUCACAGCAUCAAAUCCCCUUGUAAUAAAGUUUGAACAUAUUUUGGAUGAGACUAUGUUUCCUGAGGCUUACACGGGUCGUAAAACAUGUGUUACCUGGGAUCACAAAAGUUCGCAGGCCUGGACGAAACGUGGUUGUAUGACGUCAUUUAGUAACCUAACCCACACAACCUGUAAAUGUCUCCAUACUGGAAUGUUUGCAGUCCUUAGUGAAAAGGCGCCUCCGCCAAAGGAUCUAAAUUUCAAAGCAAAUAUUUACGUUGGUUGCGCUGUAUUCUUGAUUCUUGCCUUCGCGACCGUCCAUUCGUUAGCAACAAAGCAGAAAAAGACCACGGGUGAACUGUUUCAUUUAUUCGAAGCAAUCAUAUCUGGCAUUCUUAUGGUUAUCUUUUUAAUCGGUGCUCAUGUUCCUGCAGAAAAGGAGUUAUGUGGUUUCAUCGCAUUCUUCCUUUAUUAUUUGGUGCUUUCUCAAUUCACAUGGAUGCUUCUCACUGUAUUUUGGAUGCAAAAUUUUAUGGCGAGAUUUCUUUCUCAAAGAGUUAAAAUAAAGCUUGUGUAUUUCGUCCUAGGAUGGGGCUUUCCGUUGGUACUGGCAGGGGUAGCUGGAAAAAUUGAUAUUGAUAAAAAUGGUCAUCCAGACAACGUUUGCUGGGUUUCAAUUAGUGGCGUUGGAACUGUUUGGGGCUACGGCGCUCCCGUGUUUGUAAUGUUUAUUAUAAACGUAAUAAUCUUGGUAUACCUCCUACUACCCGUGGUUAAACACAAAUACUUUCAUGACAAACUUAGGCCUAGGAUCAUCAAAGAAUUCUUUAUAAUGCUGUCCUUCGUCAUCACAUGGUGUGUGGGAGUUAAAGUGAUCUUGGAUGAUAGAUUCUGUCACCAAUACUUUUUCUGCAUAUUUCUUAUACUGCAGGGCGCUUUGAGCUACAAUGUUUGUCAUGAGUCGACAGAAUUGUUCUGGAAAGAGGAAGAGGUGAAUAAUGAGACGGCAAUUGAUAAAGACGAAAAAACUCAAGAGGUGGAAAAGGAUAUCGCUGAGGAGGGAGAAGAAAAAGAAAACGAAAACAAAAAACCACGUAUGACCGUGAAGACUUUGAAAAAUUUAAACAUCUACAAAGAAAAUGGCGUGUUUGUAAUUGAAGCAUAAUUUUGGUACCUUUUGUAACGCAACGCAAGACAAAGUGACUUUAGAAUUAUGGUAUCUAUGAUACCGUGGAAUAGGAGAAGUAGCGUAAUAGUGUUGUUAGCUAGAGAAAGUGCACCUGCGAUCAGUUGACUUGGAAUGUUGUAGAAUGCAUUUAAAAGUUACACACUUUCCAAAAAACCCUUCAGUUUUAAAAUUGUGUUCUAACCUAUUCACUGACGUUAGCAUUAAUAGUGCACAGAAACCAAGACAGUCAUCUAUAUUCAUACUUUGUUUUUACAUGAAUGAUCUGGGAGCACCAGCACAACGUGGAUUCCACGUGAAUGCACGACUUAAUUCGAUAAUGAAAACUGGUUUCUAGUAUCAUAGAAAGUGCUUUAGCAGAGGGCUAGCUAGGGCGUGGACCAGAACACCCCGCACCCAUGGUGGUCGUCCCUCCUGAGAUGUAUAUUCUUGAACGAAUUGAUUCCUGCAUGUUCUAUAGUUCCAUACAGUUAAUAAUGCCUGCAGGUUUUUUUUCCAAAUAAAAUUGCCCAUCAUUAAUGCCACUGAGGGAGUCCUGUUCAGAAUAUUGUGCAUGAGCUUUGUUUCUCGAGUCACACUGACGGCUUGUCCCCACCUAGGUUCUUGCCGGUCCUCCCAUUUCCCAAAAUCCUAGCUACCCUUCUGUACUAUAGUAAUUUUUAAGCUUUGCGUCAAUCAUUAUAAGCACGAACAGAUUUGUCCCUAGCAUUCGUUGACUAUUGAAGCUUGUAUUAUGUCGAUCUUGCAUCGAUUAUUAAGUUAUUAUUUGUAACACAUAUAACACGCACCUAGAAGAAUUCUAGUAUAAUUUUAAGAAAUGUAAAUAUCGUGUCGAAGUAAGCUGCCUCGUAUUCAAUGUACGUUAUCGGUUCACAUUCACAUACCCGGGAAUACGUUUUUACCAGGACUGGCCUUUUUGGCGCUUCCUUAAAAUAGUAUGAACAGAAGAUAAAGAAUAAUACUUGUUCUUAAUACUUUGUAUAAUUUCGCAAUAAAAGCAACUGGAU